AUGCAGCAUCACACCCACCAUCAACAGCAGGGUCCUGUUCCGCCCCAUUUGCAACAGUCUCGACCCCCGAGCAUUGUUCAUCAGCCGCAUCACAGCCAGACCCCGGCCCAGCAGCAACAGCAGCAGCAAUCGCACCAGCCGCAGCACUCGGGCGCGUACUCGUCGGGACACUCAGUCUAUCAGCAGCAGAGCCAGGCUAGCAGUUCGCAAGACCAUACCCUGCCGUAUUACGCGCAUCCAAGCCCGUACAGCACGCCGGGUGCAACAAGCGGAUACACGUCCGCAGACACAGGAGACAUGAUGGCUGCCACAAUGCCAAGACCCUACCCGCCAAUAUAUCAUACUCCCCAGUCGAAUUCACCUGCGUCGGUGGCUUCACCUUCUGGCCAUGAUCAGCAGAGGAGCAUGUACGGCCCGCCUCCUUCGCAAUUACAUCAGCAGUCGAUGUACUAUGGGGCCCCUCAACAGCAAUACUCGUCCAUGCCGGCGCCUGCGCAGUCUGCGUAUCAACAUGCCCAACAAGCUCACCAGACCAUGAGUUCGCAGCCUAGCAUGAUGAUGUCUCAUGCGCCUCCUCAACAUCAGAUUAGCCAGCACGCGCCGCAACAUGCUCAGUCGGGGAUGACGGUCAGCCCGCGUCCAGACAAGAUCGAUACUCAUGCCAUGAACCAACGGAUAUCACAGACUUCCGCACCUGUCGGUAUGGGGAGCGCGUCAUCAACUAGCCCUCAAAACGGCGCGCCACUGUCGACGCCCACCGGUUCUACGUCGGGGGUGAACCCAAAUGCUGCCCCUGGGCCUAUCCCUGCGACGACACCAUUGGUGGUGAGGCAGGACACGAAUGGCGUGCAGUGGAUUGCAUUUGAGUACUCGCGGGACCGCGUCAAGAUGGAAUAUACAAUCCGCUGCGACGUUGAAUCGGUGAAUCAGGAUGAGCUGUCGGCCGAGUUCAAAACCGAGAACUGUGUGUAUCCCCGCGCGUGCUGUCCGAAGGACCAGUACCGCGGAAACCGCCUGCAGUAUGAGACUGAGUGCAACACGGUGGGCUGGGCACUCGCCCAGUUAAACCCGGCACUCCGGGGCAAAAGAGGCCUGAUUCAACGGGCCGUGGACAGCUGGCGCAACAGCAAUCAAGACCCCCGAUUGAGGAGCCGUCGCGUGCGCCGCAUGGCCAAGAUGAACUAUCGCAACAACAAGACGGGCUCGACCACUCCGCACCCGGCCCACAUGGCCGGCGGCCCCGCGGCCCCAGGGUCGACAGGCAUGACGACGCCGACCGCCAUGGGGGCCGGCGCCGGCUCAGCCAUUGGCAAGCCAGGAAUGAACAACAUGGCGUCGCAGUUACACCACCAUGGUCAGCAGGAUGGAAGUGCUCAGGGAGGAGACGAAGUCGGUAUGUUUCACCAGAUGGCCUAA